AUGGAUGCGGAUGAUUCAAAUAAUGCUCGAAAAAGAAAAAACUCGAUAGAUGACUCCACUUAUGAGGAUGAAGUAGAAAAAAGAAAACAAAAAAGGAAAGAAUAUGAUAAUCGAUACAGAGAGAAACACCCACAUAAGUCAGACUUGGCGAAACAAGCGAACAAAGAUUAUUGUAAACGAUACAGAGAUAAACGAAGAACGUUAAAUUUAUUAUCAACUGACCAAACUCUUGUACAACAAAGUGUACCUCCUCAAAUCGCUGGUACAUCUACCAGAGAUGUGCCUUAUGUACCUCGGACAGCAAUAUAUUCGUCUGGUCCAUUUACCACAGAUGAUAUACAUUCAGAAAUCAUACACAACGAUCAAAUUACAGGUCCACCAAGCCAUUCUGACGACAAUACUCCUAUUCACAAUGUCGGGGAUAUAAUAGUUCCAAGUCAACCUCCCUCUCAGAUUGUAAAUGCUUCCUUACCUAAUGUGCAGGUUCAAACAUACUCUGCUUUUCAACGAAAUUUCUCUGCGCAUCGAGAAUUUCAGAAAGAUUUCGUUGCAAAUGAAUUCGGCUUUGCUUGUGAUGUUUGCGACAGACUGUGGUUCAAAAAGGAUUUGAGUUACUUACAAAAUAUAGAUACGACUAAAAAUAUUGAUUUUAUAAGAUCAUUGCUUUCAAACACUGCUUUACCGGAAAUUAAAUUAUGUUCAACUUGCAACGCAGCAAUUAAAAAGCAACGUAUUCCACCGAUGUCUGUUUACAAUGGAUUCAAAUAUCCACCUGUUCCUGCAUCUCUGAAAGACUUUCCUUUAGACUUGGUAACCGAAAGGUUAAUAUCUCCAAGAAUUCCGUUCAUGCAAAUUCGUAGACUGCGACAUGUACAUGGUCAAUAUGGAAUUUAUGGACAGGUCAUUAAUGUUCCAAUUGAAGUGAAUACAAUGGUUAAUGUGUUGCCAAGGCAAGUAGAUGAUGAUUAUGCCAUCACUGUUCAUAUUAAACGGAAAAAAAUUCACAAAUCUAGUUACGUCUAUGGUAUAGUAAGGAAAAGAAGCAUAAAAGUUUGGUUACGAUAUUUGAAAGACACUCCUCUUUACACUUCCUACGAUGUUGCACUUGAUGAUCGUUUUUUGAAUGACAACAAUGAAUGCGAAGUUGCAGAUGAUAUUGUCUUUGAUGAAGAUGGCGACAAUGACAUUUUAGAACAGAUACCAAUUGGCGAAAGUUUAAUAGCUCAGCAACAAACAUUGAUGUGGGACGAAAAUAUGUACUUGAGCAUUGCUCCUGGAGAAGGAAACGUUCCAAUCAGUCUGCUAUUCGAUGAGCACGCUGAAGAAUUAUCUUUUCCACAAAUAUAUUUGGGACAAUUUAGGCAAUUCCGUGAUGGUGUGGUUGCCACAGCUUUCAUGAUGGCAACCAGUGAACUUAGGAGAUCUGAUAGACGAGGUGUAACCCCUCAACACUUGCUAUACAUGGCGAUGAAAAUCAUGAGGUUUCGAAUCAAACAGUCUCUUUCUAUAGCAUUCAGACAUGUUGGCCAAGGUAUUGCAAUCACUAAAGAGCAAAUACAGUCAGACGAUUAUAUGCAUGGCUGCAUUGAGACCAAUUUGGCAUUUCUUCGCUCAAUUCCGAAUUCAGCAUAUUAUUGGGCAGAAAGAAAAAGAGAUCUUUUUGCAAUGAUUCGACAAUAUGGUAAGCCUACUGUUUUCUUUACUAUAAGCGCCAAUGAAAUCAGAUGGCCAAAGUUAUUGCAAUUGUUGCAUAAUUUGAAAAACAAUUCGGAAAUAUCUGCAGAACAAGCUGCUGAAUUGCAUUACAUUGAAAAAAGUACUCUCAUUAAUGAAGACGCGGUAACUUGCGCUAUUUAUUUUAACAAGCUAGUCAAUGUUAUUAUGAAAAUAUUACAAUCUAAAAGGUUUAGUCCUUUUAAACAAUACAGAGUUUUGCAUUACUUCAAAAGAAUUGAAUUUCAACAUAGAGGUAGUCCACAUGCACAUAUUUUAGCGUGGUUAGAUAAUGCUCCUGAAGAUGCUCUUGACAAGGAUUACAAUAAAGCCAUCGAUCUCAUAAAUUUUUUGAUAUCAGUAUCAGCCACCGAAGCUUCUGGUAAUAUUAAAUUACAAACUCAUAGGCAUUCUUUUACCUGCUAUAAAGGAAUAGCAUCGCGAAGACAACAAAAAUGUAGAUUUGAUGCUCCAUUUUUGCCUGUUAAGGAAACAAUGAUUUUAACACCUAUGAAACAUACAGAAGAUUGUUUCCAACACUACAAGGCGAAAUACAAUUCAGUCCGUAAAAAUUUCGAAAUCUAUGACUACGAUGAUUUUGCAUCAUUUUACAGUGAAAAUGAUAUUGAUUCAGAUGAGGAAUACGUAAGGAUAAUUCGAGCGGGAAUUAAUAGACCACGAGUUUUUAUAAAAAGAGAACCUUCGGAAAAAUGGCAUAAUCCUUUCAAUCCAUUCAUUUUCGAUGUUGUAAAAGCUAAUACUGAUUUUCAAUUUAUUACUGAAGAAUACUCUUGUGCAGCUUACGUAGUAGAAUACGUAAAUAAGACUAAUAGGGGCGUUAGCAAUUUGCAAAGAAAAAUCAUCGAGGUUAUGGAUGAACAUCCUGAAUUCAAUAUUUUUGAAAUUACUAAACAUCUUAGUAUCCAUCUUUUGAACCAGACUGAGAUGACCAGUCAAGAAGCUGCAUGGUAUCUAUUGAGGGAGCCGAUGUCAAAAAGUUCAACUGCGAUCGAAUUUAUACCGACUAUAUGGCCAAUCGAAAGACACAGAGUAAAGAAGACAAUGAAGCAAUUGAGUGAACUUGAAGACGAUUCGAUAGAUAUAUGGAAAGAAAAUUGGUUCGACAAAUAUGAGAAAAGACCCGAUGCUAUACAAAAUGUUUCUCUUGCUCAGUUUGUUUCUAAAUAUUACAAAAAUAACAAAGGUGAAAAUGUAGAACGAGAAGAACCAAAAGUCAUACGAUAUCGUAAUUAUGACAUGGCUACAGACUACAAUGAAUACAGGAGAGAAAUGGUUACUUUGCACAUGCCGUUCCGACACGAAGAAGCUGAAAUUAUUGCGGAAAUGCGGUAUAUUCAGCUAUAUGAUGAAAAUGAAGCACUUAUACUUGAGAGAAGAAAAGAGUUCGAAUCAAAUCUGGAUAUCCGAAAGACGCUGGAGAUCUGCAGAGAGUUAUGUCGCGAAGAUAUUAACAUUGACGGAGAGGAAAUAAAUGAGGUUGUUGGUAGAAUACCUGAUGAAAAUCCAUUUGCCGAAUUGUAUGAUAAUCCAAAUGCCGAUUUAAAUGAUGAUCUACGACUUGCGCUAUUUGAUAAGCUUGGGGCCAUCGCUAAAAAAAAAGAAAACAUUUUACCAUAUGAAGAAUUUUAUGAACUUAUACGCAAGGCUAACGAAGAACAGCGAGAAAUUUUGUUUCACACUAUGCAUCACUUGAUAUCGAAAACCGGAGACAUGAAAGAUCCAUUGCUCGUGUAUUUGACUGGACCGGCUGGAAGUGGUAAAACAUUCGUAAUAAAAGCGCUUAUGGAAAUUUACAAUAGAUUUUCGGAUACUGAUGGAAUUUUUAAUGCAUAUAUUGCUUGUGCUUCAACCGGAAAAGCUGCUACAGCCAUAGGUGGCACAACGGUGCAUAAUGCUUUAAGUAUAACACUGUCAAGGUUAGUGCCCCUCAACGUUGAAAAAGCUCAACAAUACAGAGCUCUAUUUCAGUAUGUUAAUAUUGUUAUCAUUGACGAAGUAAGCAUGGUUUCUGCAGAAUUAUUACAGCAAAUUGACGCACGUCUGAGGCAAAUAACUGGCUUGCUUCAAAAAGAUUUUGGUGGAUUGGAUGUAAUCCUUAUCGGAGAUUUGCGUCAAUUGCCCCCUGUAAAAGCUACGCCAAUCUUCAAGCAAACUAAAAACAGAAUUUCAGCCGAAACACCUUGGCGAAAAUUCAAACAAUUUGAACUCAAGAAAGUAAUGCGACAAGAAAAUAGACUAUUUUCUUCGAUUUUAACGAAAAUAGGAGAUGGAACUAUUUUAACUGAAGAAGAAUUGAACGUGAUUGAAUCUAGAUUUGUUACUAAAGAAUAUGCGCAAUCUGUAUGUCCGGAAGGAACAAGACUUAUGUUUACAAAUAUUGCUGUCAACGAAUACAACAAUACAAUUUUGAAUAGUUAUCAAAAUAAAAUUAUUUCAUUGGCAUCGGAUGUUUUCGUUGGCUGUCAUAAUGCCGACCAAGAAGCUUAUGUUAGACAAAAGUUACACAAAAUGAAACCGGACGAGACCGGCAGCUUACCAUACGAAUUAAUUCUAGUUCCCAACCGGCCUUAUAUGAUAACUACAAAUAUUGAUGUAGCUGAUGGUUUAUCUAAUGGCACUGUAGGUACAUUAAUUCAUAUUGAAUUAAAUGAAAAUGAUGAAAUUACAAGAAUUUGGUUAAAGUUUCCAAAAUCUGCUGGUCAAAAGCGCAAAACUAAGGCAAGAAAUGACAUUGAACGCUUGGGAAUCGACAGAGAUGCUGUGCCAAUUUCUGCUCAAACAUCAUCAAUACCACUUAACAACAACAAAACUAUAGUGGCGAAAAGAAAACAUUUUCCACUAGUUUCG